AUGGCUGAAAACAGAGAAGAAAUACUUGCAAAUUUCCAGGGAAUAACAAAUAUUGAAGAUGUUGCAGAAGCUAUAUUUCAUUUAGAUGAAUCAAAUUGGGAUUUAAUAACUGCCAUUAAAAGGGUUAUGCCUCAAGAUGGCAACAGUUCAACAUCUCAAUCAAAUGACACACAUGAUGUGGAGAUGAUAGAUGAUGAUAUAUCUGUGAUAACUCCAAAAACACACCCACCUGAUCGGGAGGAUAGUAAUCAAGCUUCAACCUCAUCCCCUAGAAAUAGUUCAAUUGAUCUAGUAGAACUACAAGUUCAUUGUAAUAAUAAGAUACACGAGAUCAAAAUGCCUGGUUCUGCAACUGUCAAUGAUCUCAAAAAAAAAUUAGAAUCAGUAAGUGGUAUACCAAUAUGCAGACAACAGAUAUCGGGGUUAGGUGGGUCGCGGGCUACCUCCAGUGCAGCGCUGUCCAGCCUGGGUUUGACACGCAACACGGUGCUACGUCUUAAAGCCGCCGACAGGGUUAUGGCGGAUGAUGAGGUAGCAGAAAGGUUAACAACAACAUAUGUGCUGCGAGUGAAGCACGACGAAAGAGACUAUACACUGAAAUACCCUGGCACUAAAACAGUGCAAGAAGUGAAGAACGAUCUCUACUCACUAACAGACAUACCUGUUCGACAUCAGGUAUGGACGGGGUGGCCGAAUGUGACAGGAUUGGAUGAUACAGUGUUAGCCAUGGUGGGGCUGGACCUUCCCCAACACGACCUCACAGUGAAGCGCGCGCCCAACAAACAGAGGGAAUAUAAGAGAAUAAUAGUGGAGAGUUCAGACAGUGAAAACAGUUCUGUUGAAGAUGUGGAGGACGGCGACAGCUUUCCCACAGAGGACGACAUAUUUGUUGAUGUCCCGUCGGAGAGGUUACAACCACUCAUGUCAGAAAAUGUGGAAGAUGAGGCGUUGGGUUGUAUAGAGUUCGCUCAACGAUUUCGAACUCGGUACGGACCCAAUACACCCAAUUUCUUCGAAGGUACAUUGCAAGACGCAAUAAAGGAGUCCUGCUUGAAACCUGCAAAAGAGAGAAAGUUGCUGGGUGUGUACCUGCAUCAUGAGCAGUCGGUGCUGUCCAACGUGUUCUGCGCACAGCUGCUGGGCUGCGACACCGUGCUGCAGACGCUCGCCGCCAACUUCGUGCUCUACGGUUGGGAUCUCACGCAUCCGCAUAAUAAUAACAUGUUGCUGUCGGCCAUCACGCGCGCGCUGGGCCCGGUGGCGAGCAUGACCAUCCGCAGCAUCCCGGUGGAGCGCCUGCCCGCGCUGCUCAUCAUCAUGCGAGUGCGCUCUAACACCGAGAUAUAUUCUGUUAUUAACGGUAACGUGGGCGUGUCGGAGCUGGUGGGCGGGCUGGUGGAGGCGCUGGAGCGGUUCGCGUCGCAGCGCGAGGAGGACGCGCGCGUGGAGCGCGAGCGCGACGCGCGCCAGCGGGUCAAGCGAGAGCAGGACGAGGCCUACCAGCAGAGCCUCGAGGCUGACAGAGCGAAAGAAGAAAUAAAGAAACAGCAAGAAUUAGAAAGAAAUCAAGAAUUGGAGAGAGCAGAAUCAGAAAGACUUAUGGAAGAAGCUAAGAAAGAGGCGCUGCGCGCGGGCGCGGCGGCGCGCGUGCCCGCGGAGCCGGCGGCGGGCGCGGGCGAGGUAUCGCGCGUGCGCGUGCGCCUGCCGCCGCCGCACCACUCCUGCAUCGAGCGACGCUUCCGCGCGGACGACACGCUCGCUGCUUUAUUAGAUUUCCUCGCGUCGAAAGGCUACCCACAAGAGAACUACAAGGUCAUCACUAGCUGGCCUAGAAGAGACCUUACAAUGGAAUCUCACAGCAGUACGUUAAAAGCUUUGAAACUGUACCCGCAAGAGACCGUCAUGUUGGAGGAGCGG